CCUUAUUUUCUCAUCUCAUGUCACAGCCUCAAUACAACAAAACCAAAUUUCCAUUCCCAAUCCCAAUCCCUCUGUUGCGUUUUCGCCAAUAACCCCUUUUCGCGUUUUACAGCAAAUUUCAUCACCUUCGUUACUUUUUUCAAUUUCUUAAUAGCGUCAUCAUCAUACAUAUCUUGCUAUUUGUUUUCUUUCUGUUUUUUUGUUUUCGUGUAUUUUUCCAAUUUCGUUUUUCUCGCUCUUCCGAUCCGUAUCUGAUUCUGCCGCAAAGGAUUCCCCCAUUGCUUUUCUGAGCUUUUUGAAGGUUGUUUGAGAGAUGGCGAAUGAAGGAACUAAUACUGAGACCUUAGUUCCCGCGCAGCCCCAUCAAUUCGAGAAUCGUCAUUUCGAUCCUGGCCAAAAUCAGCCACCUUCAUACGCUCCCACUACGCCAGGGUCUCAAGCUGUAUCGUGGGCCGUUCAAAGCUCUACAGCGAAUGGAGGUUAUUCUAAUCCAACCUAUCAGUAUGAUCAGCAUCCGCAGCCGCCUGGAAGAAGCAUUCAAGAUGGUCAAAAUGUAUCAUCAGUUGCCGGUAAUUCAUCAAAUUUGGGAACAGCUAAUGUACCCCAAGAUUACAAUGCAUACACAUCAUACCCAAGUUCUUCUAAUCCAUAUGGUUAUGGCAGCGCGGGAUACACAGGAUACUAUAACAACUAUCAGCAGCAACCUAAUCAAACCUAUUCACAGCCUGUAGGAGCAUAUCAAAAUACAGGUGCUCCUUAUCAGCCUAUUUCCUCCUUUCAGAAUACUGGGUCUUAUGCUGGAUCUGCAAAUUAUUCAAGCACUUUUUACAAUCCUGCUCCUGCUGAUUAUCAGACUACUGGAGUUUACCAAAACAGCACUGGAUAUGCAAAUCAAGCGCCACCGUGGAACAAUGGAAGCUAUUCAAGUUAUGCUUCUCAUCCACAUACAAAUUAUACCCCAGAUUCCAAUAGCUCUGGUGCUGCAACUACUUCAGUUCAGUAUCAGCAACAACAACAAAAUCCGUGGGCCGACUAUUACAACCAAACAGAAGUCAGCUGUGCACCAGGGACAGAGAAUUUGUCUGUCACAAGUUCAUCCACCUUUGGCGGUCCUAUUCCUGCAGCUACUAGUGGUUAUGCAACUCCAAAUAGCCAGCCUCAACAAUCAUAUCCACCAUAUUGGAGGCAAGACUCCAGUGCUUCUGCUGUGCCUUCUUUUCAGCCUGCUGCAAUAAAUAGUGGUGAUCAUGAUGGUUACUGGAAUCAUGGGGCUCAAACUUCUCAAAUUCACCAAACUAAUCCUAUUCAACCAAACUAUCAAAGUCCUUUGGAUUUAAAAUCUUCUUAUGAUAACUUUCAGGAUCAACAGAAGACUGUAUCUUCUCAAGGGACCAAUUUGUACCUUCCUCCUCCUCCUCCUCUUCCCCCUCCCCCUCAACAGGUAGUCUCGACGCCCAUACAGAGUGCUCCAUCUUUAGAUGCGAAACGGGUAAGCAAAAUGCAGAUUCCAACAAAUCCUCGAAUUGCUUCAAAUUUGACAUAUGGACAGCCCAAGAUUGAAAAAGAUAGCUCUACAACCAAUACAGCACUAAAACCUGCUUAUCUUGCUGUCUCAUUGCCAAAGUCAACUGAGAAAAUAUCAUCAAAUGAUGCUGCUAAUUCUAUACUUAAGCCCGGUAUGUUUCCCAAGUCGUUGCGUGGCUAUGUUGAAAGGGCUUUAACUCGCUGUAAAGAUGAUAAACAAAUGAAAGCAUGCCAGGCUGUCAUGAAAGAGAUGAUCACUAAGGCAACAGCUGAUGGCACACUUUGCACACGAAAUUGGGAUAUGGAACCACUUUUCCCAAUGCCAGAUUCAGAUGUGGUCAAUAAAGAUAGUGUACUGUCUUCGACCCAUAAAAGAAGUCCUAGACGAUCUAAAAGUAGGUGGGAGCCAUUACCAGAGGAGAAGCCAGUUGACAAUCCAGUCUCAAUCAGUAAUGAUACUGUAAAGUACAGUGCCUGGGUACCUAAUGUAAAGGACAGAAAGGUGGUAAUGGAAAACAAAGAGAGCAAGGAGGACGACUUGAGGAAUACUAAAUUUUCUCCAUUUAUACAGAGAACUUCUAGUAAGGCUCCCCAAAGGCCAUUUAAGAAGCAGCGUCUUACUGAUGCUUCUAUUGCUCAUGAAAAUGGUGAUGCAUCUAGUGGUAGUGAUAAGGAGCAAAGUUUGACGGCAUACUAUUCGGCUGCAAUGGCGUUCAGUGAUACACCAGAGGAAAAGAAGAGACGUGAAAAUCGUUCCAAGCGUUUUGAUUUAGGACAAGGGCAUCGAACAGAAAAUAAUCAUUUCAGGAGAAAAAAUGCUGGAGCUGGGAACUUGUACAGUAGAAGGGCUAGUGCCUUGGUUUUGAGCAAAAGUUUUGAAGAUGGUGUCAGCAAAGCUGUUGAGGACAUUGACUGGGAUGCUCUUACUGUGAAGGGUGCUUGUCAAGAAAUUGAAAAGCGUUAUCUACGCCUAACUUCUGCACCUGAUCCUGCCACUGUAAGACCUGAGGAGGUUCUUGAAAAAGCCCUUUUGAUGGUUCAAAAUUCCCAAAAGAAUUACCUUUAUAAAUGUGACCAGUUGAAGUCUAUUCGUCAAGAUCUAACUGUGCAACGAAUACGCAACCAGUUAACAGUCAAGGUGUAUGAAACUCAUGCCCGAUUUGCAAUGGAAGCCGGGGAUCUUUCUGAGUAUAAUCAGUGUCAAUCUCAGUUAACAGCUCUUUAUGCGGAUGGGAUUGAGGGUUCCUACAUGGAAUUUGCCGCUUACAACUUGCUUUGUGUUAUAAUGCAUUCGAAUAAUAAUAGAGAUCUCCUAUCAUCAAUGACAAGGUUAUCUGAUGAAGCUAAGAAGGAUGAAGCUGUAAAACAUGCUCUCGCUGUUCGUGCAGCUGUAACUUCGGGAAAUUAUGUUGCAUUUUUUAGACUGUACAAAGAAGCUCCUAACUUGAACACUUGCCUUAUGGAUCUUUACGUUGAAAAGAUGCGUUACAAAGCUGUGAGCUGCAUGUGCCGGUCAUAUCGCCCAACUGUACCUGUUUCAUACAUUUCUCAUGUUCUUGGAUUCUCAACUUCCGCAGUCGCAAAUGGAGGAAGUGAUGAGAAAGACACAGAAGCUUUUGAGGAGUGUUUGGAAUGGUUGAAAGCACACGGUGCCAGCAUAAUGACUGAUAAUAACAAAGACAUACUGGUUGAUACAAAGGUUUCAUCAUCUAGUUUGUUUAUGCCGGAGCCAGAGGAUGCUGUGGCUCACGGAGACGCCAAUCUCGCCGUUAAUGAUUUUUUAGCAAAGGCACCUUUAUAGCCAAGUUGAUUGUUUUUUGAGUUACAAUAGUGAAAGAUCAUCAUUCAGGAAAGUGGGCAGAAAAUGUAGCAGCCCUUGAUGUGUUGUAUUUGUAGGUUAUAUUGCAUGCAAAAGGCCAGAAAAAAUGUUGUCUGAACAUUGCCCCUUAACCUAGCCUCAAAUCUUGGAUUAGUGAAGUGGCAUACACAAUAUGAAAGAAAAUAAAAGAAUAUUUUUUGAA